UGGUUGACCUCCUAUACUGGCGAGACGUUAAGAAGACUGGUGUGGUGUUUGGAGCCAGCUUGUUCCUGCUUCUUUCUUUAACAGUGUUCAGUAUCGUGAGUGUGAUAGCUUAUAUUGGCUUGGCCCUCCUGUCAGUGACCAUCAGUUUUAGAAUAUACAAAGGAGUUAUCCAAGCAGUCCAGAAAUCAGAUGAAGGCCACCCAUUUAGUGCUUACUUGAAUAGAGAUGUCGCUGUGUCUGAGGAGAUUGUUCAAAAAUACAGCCAUGUUGUGCUUGGUCAUCUCAACAACACAAUUAAGGAACUCAGGCGCCUCUUCCUAGUGGAUGAUUUGGUGGAUUCUCUAAAGUUUGCAGUAUUGAUGUGGGUGUUUACCUAUGUUGGUGCCUUGUUCAAUGGUUUGACAUUGCUGAUACUAGCGCUGAUAUCACUUUUCAGUAUUCCUGUUAUUUAUGAGAAACACCAGACUCAAAUUGACCAUUAUGUGGAACUUGUAAACAAGAAUGUGAAAGAUGGCAUGGCAAAGGUUCAAGCUAAAAUUCCUGGAUUGAAGCGUAAAACUGAAUGAAAUCAAGAAGCAACUUUUAUUAAAAUAAAUCAUCUUUUAAGUGGGGAUGGGAGGCAUAUUCAUUUGGAUUAUAUGGGGAGGGUCAGGGAAUAGCAAGCCUUGACUUUGCAGUGCAAUUUCACAGAUCUUUAUUUUUUAGGAACAGUGUUUCAGAGGGAGGAAAAUAAUCUGUUCUUGACUGCUGUGUGUAUGUCCAUCCUAAGUAUUGUAAGCUGCUACAUAUGGAUUUAAACCUAAUCCUCUUUGCUUCUCCCAUAUGCAGCACAGGUUAACCUAACCAUUUGGAGAGCUGUACAUUUUAUGCUUUGGCCAAGAUAGUCUUGUCGUGUUUCAAGAAGGGUUAGUGUAUGGAAAACAUUUCCUUUAGCACUGUCUCUGGUUUGUGUUGAUUGAUUGCAGAUUUUCUAAAAUGAAAUGUUUAGAAUGUGCCAUUAAAGCAAGCUUGAAGAGUCUUGCCUUGUUGGUAUCAAGUUUAGCUGUACUGUGCUUUUAAUUCUACUAUUUUAUCAAUUGCCAAUAUAAAAUUAAAUAUAUAGUGUGUUACAGCUGCUUAGGAUGUCCAGCUCCUCCAUAGUGAUUGAAAUACUAGAUAAAUGAACUGAGGUUUUUUUUUUUGAGCUCCUUAAUAUAUUAGCUUAAAUUUUCAGAAAAAAACUAGUACCUAUUAAAUAAACAAAACCAACUCUGCACAUUACAGUUUCUGCCAUAUCCUUUGCUGCACAAACUCCUAUAGUCUAUUUUAAGUAAACAAGUUUACAGUUCUCAAAACUAUGAAUCUGUGGAAUGAAUUUCUGAUGAUGUGAUCCUCAGAUCCUUGCAGGCAGAACAAGGAGCCCCCGGCAUGCUUGUUUUCCAUUGUGCUUGGAAUCCUCAGCAUCUGUGCAUGGGUCAGUGGAUUUUACCCCAAUGCUGCAAAUGCCAUUUGGACAUUUCAAAUACAUGUGGGGUUUAAGCUGUAUUGAACUACGUCUGUGGGAUGCAUUGUGAAAUGUAAAAAGAAAACAAUUUUGAAUUAUCAAUAAAGUGUAUGGACUCAUA